AUGUUGGGUCGGAGGCGGCCCCACUGUUUUCUGUGUCGCAGUGGAGUCCUCCUCUUCCUGCUCUGGCUCUGCUCUCUGGCGUGGAGAGAUACCAGAACAUACGUCCGUGGUGUCCAUGCGAGGAUUCGCUGGGGCCACUUGCACCUGCAAGCUGCAUCGCAGCUGCUCGAUGAUGCUGAUGCUGCUUGCGACCUGCUCUCCGAGAGACUGGAUACGUUCUCGGAGCACCUGAACAGCAGCUCUGGAUCCUGGGAGCAGGCGGCGGACGGCGUGGUCGCUGGGACGGCGGAUGAUGCUAGCUUUCGCCACGUGCUGGAGGACUUGAGCCAGGAGCUGAACUGCAGCAGAAACCAUCUGACGAAGGCCCUGGAACAGGCCGAGGAGGUCCUCAGCCGUCUGUCUGAGGUGCAAAACGAGCUCGAUGCUCUGAAACGGAAGAUGCGCGGGACACCGGCCAACUACGCAGAGGCGCGGGCAGAAGACAAGAAUCUGUGCGUGGAGAUCGACAAGAGGUCAUCGAACUACACGCAAAGAACACAGAACCUCGCCGACACGGUGACAUCCUUUAUGAAGGCGCUGACGGGGCAGCGCGAAUCCAUGAACUUGAAGCUCGAAGAGCUGGCAGAGCACAUUGAUGCCUUGUCGAAGAGUGACGACCAGUGA